AUGGAACCCGAAGGCUCUGGCGACGCUCCGGGCGACCCGGCGGCUCCGCCGCCGCCCCAGCCCCCGCCCCCUCCCUCGGACCCUGGCCGCGCGCCGGGGCCCCCCCCCCCCCCGCCCGCUCCGCCGUCGACUCCCCCCGCCGCCCCGUCGCGCGUGGUCUGGGCGGACCUCGCCGAGGCCGACGACCUCGCCGCGGGGCGCCCCGUCGUUUGCCGCGACCGCGUACCCCCCAAGGCCCCUGCCCGGCCGCCUCGGUCUGAUUCUGUCGGUGGCCUUACUCCCAGGGGUGGGAGUUCGGCCGCCCGCGGGUCUUCCCGGCGCCGGCGCCGGCCCUCGGGCGUGUUUUGGUCGGCGGCGGGGCAAGGUGCUCCCUUGGGCUCGGGGUCUCGCCCUCGGGGGCGCCGCUCUGGCAGGUGGGGUGUCGCUGGCCGCGCCGGCUGCGGCCUCGCGCGUUCUUCCUGGAGGGCCACUGCUCCGGCGUCGUCCUCCCCUGCUCCGGCCUGCGCACCGACGACGUUCUCGGCGGAGCUCUCGUCGGUGGUUUUCCGGCGGUCCCCCUUCCGCCCAUUCAUCUCGGCUUUCGGCGCCGCCGUCCCCCCGCCUCCUGGUGCCCAGCGCGGCCCGUCCUGGCCUCGCCACCCCCGCCUUGCCCCGCCGGCGACCACCAUGGCGACGCUCGGGGAAACCCUCGCCCCUCGCCUGGUCUCCCCGGGCUUGUCCUACUGGGCCGCGCUCGUCUCGGGCCGUCCCGUGGGCCGCCUCCUUGGCGCCUCCCCGCGGGCCUCGGCUUCUGGGCCUCCGCGUGAUGUGCGGGCCGUUGGCCGCUGUGUGGGCCGGUCCCCUGGACCGUCCUCACCCUCCACGGCCCAGCCACGCCCCUGGGUGGGCCUUGGCCCGAUCCGGCGCUCCAUCUGGCCACCGCUAGGGUUCCCCCGCCAACCAGUCCCCAACCCGACGCCUCCCGCUUCCCCCGACGAAGUUCCUCUCGCUGCCCCUAGCUACCCCCUGCUCGUCGGCGCCACCGGUCCCCUCGCACCCUCCCCUCCUCCCUCGCCGGCCAUGACCCGGGAGUGGGGCGACGAUGCGGGACGCCCCAAGCGCAGGGCGGACGACCGCCACGCCCCCCCCUCGACCCUCUCCUGA